AUGGCUCCCUACAAGGCCCAGAGACACGGCGCCAUAGUCCAGGUGAACUUUGACCCCUGGCCCGGCGCGCACGGAGCAGAAUUCGGCCACCUGCCCGACAACAUUACAGUGCUGGAAGGAGACAGCGUCAUUUUGAGGUGUAAGAUCGAUGAAGAGGUGACCCACAAGGCCUGGUUGAACCGUUCCAACAUCUUGUUCACGGGGACAGACAAGUGGUCUCUGGACAAGCGUGUGUCACUGGUCAACAGUAACAGCAGCGACUUUUCCAUCCAGAUAGACAAGGUGCAGGUGGCUGACGAGGGGCCGUACACCUGCACCUUCCAGGCCAAUAACAUGCCCCGCAUCGCCUACGUCUACCUCAUCGUCCAAGUGCCGGCCAGGAUCGUCAACAUCUCCAGAGACGUGUCGGUGAACGAGGGCGAGAACGUCAACCUGUUCUGCUUGGCUGUGGGGCGGCCGGAGCCCACCGUCACCUGGAAGGACCAGAAAUAUGGCUUGGUGAGUGAUGGGGAAUUCCUGGACAUCACAGAGAUCAAGCGGCAGCAAGGCGAGGACUACGAGUGCAUCACCAAUAACGGCGUGGCCCCUCCGGACACGCGCAAGGUCAAGGUCACGGUCAACUACCCGCCCAUGAUCACAGAUGUGAAAAACAUGCCAGCCCAGCUGGGCAAGACGGCCAUCCUGCGCUGUGAAGCCAUGGCUGUACCGACGGCCUCGUUCGAGUGGUACAGAGAUGACCGCAGGCCAGUAGAGAAUGACAACACCCUGCGGAUCAAAAACGAGAAGACGCGCUCGCUGCUGCUCUUCACCAAUGUGACAGACAAACAUUUUGGCAACUACACCUGCUUCGCCUCGAACCGUCUGGGGGCUUCCAAUGCCAGCAUGCUGUUGUUUCAGCGUCUCAUGCCUACAUUACCUCUCCCUCUUUGCUUGCUCACACUCGUGCUCGCCAUCCCUCGGCCGGGGGCAGUAUACGGGCGAGGAAUCGCUGUCCAUGCAGGGAUGAGCGUCGGCGUCUGGCUCGCCCUCUUCAUGUGUCUUCUGCUGAAGGUCUAG